CAGGCGGAUUUAAGGCCUUCCAGGAGCCCCCAGGCAUUCGGUGUGGGCCUGAGCAGAGGAGGGCCAGCGGGCCUGGGAGAGCUGAGGACAGUCACCGUCAGCAGGUGGUUGGCAGGAGGAAAGGUUCAAUCCACCCCUCCUCCUGGCCCCAGGCUCCUGCCCGGCGCCUACAGAGCCAGCCGAGAUGUUCGGCAUCCUGAACGUCUGGAGGACGGUCAACAGCGUCCUCUUCUACCUGACCCUGGUCAUCGCCGCUGGGGGGCUGCUGGGCAACGGGCUGGUGCUCUGGAACCUGGGCUUCCACAUCAAGAAGGGCCCCUUCAACACCUACCUGCUGCACCUGGCCGCCGCGGACUUCCUGUUCCUCUCCUGCCAGGUGGCCUUCUCCAUCGUCCAGGCCGUGCUGGGCUCCUCCUGGGACGCGCUCUACUUCGUGGUCACCUUCCUGUGGUUCUCGGCAGGACUCUGGCUGCUGGCGGUCCUCAGUGCUGAGCGCUGCCUCUCCGACAUCUUCCCCUCCUGCCACCAGCGCUGCCGGCCCCCGCACGCCUCCGCCGGCCUCUGCGUCCUGGUCUGGGCGCUGACGCUGCCGGCCGUGCUGCUGCCCGCCAACGCCUGCGGUCUGCUGCAUGCGGGCACGCGCCUGCUGGCCUGCAUCCGCUACCACGCCGUCAGCGUCACCUGGCUGCUGUCGCUGGUGUGCGUGGCCCUCGGGGCCUGCCUGGUACUCUUUGUCUGGGUGCACUGCUGCUCCCCCCGCCCGCGCCCCACGUUCUGCGGCAUCGUCCAGGGCUCGGGGGUCCUGCUCCUCUUCUGCCGCCUGCCCUUCAUCCUCUACUGGAGCCUGCGGCCGAUCCUGAACUUCCUGCUGCCCCUCUUCCUCCCGCUGGCCACCCUCCUGGCCUGCGUGGACAGCAGUGCCAAGCCCCUCCUGUACUUCGUUAUGGGUCGGCAGCCCGGGAAUCGGGAGCCGCUGCGGACAGUCCUGCAGAGGGCCCUGGGAGAGGGGUCCCGGCCGGGCGCUCAGGGGCUGUCCCUGCCCAUGGGCCCCAUCUAGCGGGUGACCGGCCCUUCCACCUUGUCCCACCCACAGAGCUGCCAGAAGGCCCUGCCCUUACGCAGACCCACCCAGGACUGUGAGCAAGCCCGCUCUACCGCCCAGCUCUUGCCCGGGGACCCAAGCGUGGACAGGACAGGCCCGCAGGGUGAGGCAAGCUUGAGAAUGAGGUCACAGCAGAUGCGUGCUGCAGGCAGGGCCCCUCCAUCCUGCCCCCUGCAUCCCACACAAGGAAAAUGCAGUGCAGGACAGAGCCGCCCCCCGGCCAGGGUGGGGCUGAUGGCCUGGAGCCCAGCCCUUGCACCUGGGCAGGAGCCCCGUUGCCCUUAGGCCAUGCAGCUGGUUCCUCACUAAAGUCUCAUUUGACCUGCUUGUCCCCUCCCUCACCCAAGUGGGCGUCCCCCAGGCCCCAGGUCCUGAGUCCCACUCCCAGCCUGCUCCAGUGAGCACGUAGACCACUCCCAGCUCUCCCUCCUGGUGUCGCCAGCACGGGCCACCAGAGGGCGCUGCCUACUGACCAGCGGGGCUGACUGGGCCUCCCUGCCAGCCUCUCAGGAGCCUGAGGACCCUCUACUGUGGGCAGGGCGCUCUGUGCAGACCCCGCCUCUCCCCUCCCCGCUCUGCUCACCUGUGGCCAUUCCUGGUGUCUCCCACCACAGAUGUGCCCAACCAGCUCUACCCACAGGGUCCAAGAACCAAGACAGGAAAGGAGAGAGGUGGGCUAGAAGGGCAGCCAAGGACAAACCACUCGGCGUGUUUUCUAGUCAUUUAACUGACAAACAAACAAGGCUGGGCUGUGGCUCAGGGUGCAGCCCUUGCCUAGCACGCCCAAGACCCUUGUUCCAUCCCCAGCGAACACGAAAGCAGACCCCUCCGCGGUUGCAGGAAGCACCCAGGCGAGUCCUCAGCAGGCCCGCCAGCAUUUCGGGUGAAAGACGGGACGGCUCCACUCGGGGUCUUCCGAGACACACCCUCGGAAAAUUUCUAUCUUUCUUUUUCUGUUUUUUUUUUUUUUUUUCUUUUGUAAUUUCUUUUGGCAUUCUGUUCAUGCCACGCCAAAUCUGUUUAGCAGAGUAUUCACGGCUGCCUUC